CCGCCGGUGGUGAGAUCCGGCUGCGAAGCACUUGCGCCGCUCAUGGAGGGGCCCGAUCCUGGCGAUUGGGUUGGUGGGGAGUGCAAGAAGGAUGGGUGGAGUGAGUGGGUAUGGGCGCAGUUUGCGAGAGCGCCGACGGUUAUCGGAGGUAACCGGCAUUCCGAUCUCCGGCUGCUGCUCGGAGUCAUGGGGGCGCCUCUCGCACCAGUUCACGUCUGUGCCGGCGAGCCGCUUCCUCAUCUGAGCAUCAAGGAUACGCCCAUUGAAACUUCAUCGGCUCAAUAUAUACUGCAGCAGUACACUGCAGCUUCUGGUGGAAUCAAGCUGCUGAGCACAAUUCAUAAUUCCUACGCCAUGGGUAAGAUGAGGAUGGUGACAUCUGAGAUCGAGACAGCAACCAAAGUGAUGAAGAAUCGAAAUUCUUCAAGAGAUUCCGAGUCCGGCAGCUUCGUGCUGUGGCAGAUGCUUCCUGAGAUGUGGUAUCUCGAGCUUGCCGUCGGUGGCAGCAAGAUCCAUGCCGGUUGUAAUGGCAAGAUAGUUUGGCGGCACACCCCAUGGCUCGGCGCUCAUGCCGCCAAGGGCCCUGUUCGUCCUCUUCGUCGAGCACUUCAGGGUCUCGAUCCGUUGACAACGGCAAACAUGUUUGCAAACGCUCAGUGCAUCGGAGAGAAGAAGGUUGAUGGAGAGGAUUGCUUCAUUCUGAAGCUUUGUGCUGAUCCUCAUACUUUGAAGGCUAGGAGUGAGGGAGCCGCAGAGAUUAUAAGGCAUGUUAUGUUUGGAUAUUUCAGUCAGAAAACUGGGCUUCUCGUCCACAUGGAGGACUCACACCUAACACGAAUCCAACCGAGUUCCGGCGGUGAGUCGGUGUACUGGGAGACCACCACCGCUUCGUUUCUCGAUGAUUACCGCCCUGUUGAUGGUGUUAUGGUCGCCCAUUCCGGUCGCUCCAUCUUCACUCUCUUCAAGUUUGGCGAGGUUGCUUUGAGUCACACGAAGACAAGGAUGGAGGAAGCGUGGACCAUCGACGAGGUGGCUUUCAAUGUUCCCGGUCUUUCCGUGGAUUGCUUCAUCCCUCCUUCGGAUCUGAAGGGCGACACAAUAAGCGAAAGCUGCGAGCUCGAUAGAAGCGGGAGCGGGAAGAUGGCCGUGUCGAGUUUUAAUCGAGCGAAGGUCGUCGCCUUUUAGAGGCAAGUGGGAUGCUGGUAUGGGUGAUUAGGAAAGUCAUUUUGAUGAAUUGUUUAUAUCUCUUAGUUUCUUGUUUCACUAACUUGGUGUGACAAAUAGGAUAGUCUAAAAUCAAAAUUGAUUCCUGAUGGAAUUGGAGUUUGUUGGUUUGACUUCUUGGCCCUAAUGGAGGAGUAAAUGGAGGCUCAAAUUGCUUAUUAAGAUUUGAGCUUUGAGUACUGGUUUUUUAAUUGGGAGUUUGAUUGAAUUUAUAUAUUUGUUUGUGUUCAGGAGUUGCUUCUUCAUCUUUAUCAGACCAAA